AGUUCAGAUAACUUGAAACAUUUGGCAAACUUUUUCACUACUUCAUCGUCCCCAUGUUUCAGCUGACAGCCGCCUGUCUGUGCCAGAGAAGGAGGAGUAAAAACACUCGGAAUAUUUUCAUUUUGCGGCGCUUGUUGAUUUUCCCAAGUUGAUUUUUUGGGUUUAGUUUAUUCCACACGGACUUUCUGGAGAAGCGCUCGUGCGUCCGGACAGAAGCGACUUUCUCGGCCGUCGGAUUUUUGAAACUCGUCUGCGAUGUCACGGACUAUUAAAAGAAGGAAGAAACGCACAUGAAGAACCGUGUGAGCGCCGCAAACACGCUUUCUUUGGGUCUGUUUAUUUAUUUAGUUUGAACCAGUUGAGUAGCUGGUGUCAGGACUCGAUAAUCAAUGUGGUGUCAGCUGAAAGGACGAGGGGUCCGGAUCUCACCUAAACGCUGAUACGUCUUGGGAGUGAUGCACUGGCUUCCCCUGGUUGCCAUGGUGAUUGCCUCGGCCCUGCCCUUCCCUCACAAGCCCGUGUCCAGGAUCGCUGCCGCCAUGACAGAGCCUGGCUUUGACAAACACAGAGAGCACCGUCACGACUCGGCCACUCGCCUCCCAGCUGUGGACGACAGCUUCAGUGAUGAUGCCGCGCAAAAGGACUCCAACGUGGCCGCUGCUCUUAGCAAAGAUGAUGGACAGAAGCUCCAGAAGCAGGAUUAUGUGAAAUCUGCUGUGGGUGAAGAGGUGUCCAAGUUCACAGCAGAGAAACAGGAAAGCUCCAAAUCAGCAGGCGAUGACAAACGCUCAGUCAGUUUGGAUAUGACCACAGACGCAGGAACGCGCAGAACCUCCAGUGCUAAAAGUUCUGACAGCAACGUUUCCAAGGACAGUUCUCUACCAAAGGACUACAUAUCUGAAAGCAGACAGCAAGACCAGACCAAUUUUCUGGACUUUUCCCAGAGACACAAUCUAAUGGGGUCUUCAGAAAUCAAAUCAGAGAGGAAUUACAUCAGAGCGUCACACGUCUCUGUGCCAGUGACCCAUAAUCCUCUUAGUCCUACUGCUAGUCUCACAGGUCAGAGUGGACCACAACCACCUCCUCUUGCAGAGGAGCUGACAGAUACACAGAUACCACAGACGGAGAGCCAGUGGACUCUGGAUCAAGCUGAGGAUGGUGUGACCAUGGAGGCAGGACUGGGUCUACAAGACGGAGACGAAAUGCUUUUUGCCGCUCAUCCUCGAGUGCUGUUCUCAUCCUCCCCAUCACCUCCGGAACACCCGCCUUUCCUCUUUAUGUUGGAGACAGGCGUAAUGCCUGAGGAUGGAGACAGAGACGAGCAGGAGGACACGGAUGGACACAUCGAGGGUCAUGGAGACAGGUCCAUCGACAGGACUGCGCCUGUGCAUUGGGCAGAUAUUUCCAGAGGCACGGGUGACGUCGUGCAUCCGGUUAAAAGGGACAAACGCUCGCAGUUGAUCGACAGCAGGAGAGGGGAGCGGUCAGUGUGCGAGGCAGAAAGUAGUUGGGUCACCAACAAAAAGACCGCCAUUGACUCGAACGGUCGGAUGGUUACCAUCUUGCAGGAAAUCCAAACCCAAACAGGCCCGCUCAAGCAGUACUUUUACGAGACCCGAUGUCGCCGAGCUGAGGAGCCGAGCGAUGGUGGCAGGCCGCGAGUGUCGAAGGACGUGGGCAGGGCAGUGACAUCGGCGGGGACGGGCAUGGCCGGGGCUGGCUGCUUGGGCGUGGACAAAAAACAGUGGGUGAGCGAGUGCAAAGCCAAGCAGUCGUACGUGCGGGCGCUCACCAAGGACGCCAACAACAGAACCGGGUGGAGGUGGAUCCGCAUCGACUCGUCCUGCGUGUGCGUGCUGCUGUCCAGAGUGAGCCGGCAGUCGGGGGGGAGGGCGUGAGGAAAAGAAGGAGGGAAGAUGGAUGACAGAAGUAGAAAGUGAGACAGACCAGAGCUGCUGUGACACUUUCAUUUACUGGUGACAAAUCCUUACAAAUGGUGGAAGUUACUGCCAGUUUUCCAGCUGCGGCCUCUCGAAUCUCCGAUUGUCACUUGACUUACAAAAAAAAAAAAAAGACCUCAGUGGUAGACCUUAGGGAAGACUGUCAUAUAUCUAUAUAUAUAUAUAUAUAUAUAGAUAUAUAUGUAGAUAGAUAGAGAGAGAGAGAGAGAGCGCGCUCUGACUUUAAAAAGUACUGUUUUUGUAUGAUUUUAUUGAUACAUUAAGUUAUUUUGUUUAGUACGUCAGCAUGUCUUUGAUAUUAAUAUAUUACGUUCUAUACGUGUUCAGUACGACACCAGUAUACAUUUUAUGUAUGAAGUUAUGUAUAUCAACGUGUAUUUAUAGCAGCAGCCAUCACCCGGUGCUCUGGUGUCUGAUGAUAAUUCCAGCCUCUGCUCCCCUCAUCUUAUGAGAGGAAAGAGCGCCACCUACUGAGGCUCCAUGUUACUGCUCUGCUGUUACCCCCUUUUGGAUUACAGUGAUGAAAGUCGCCUCAACAACAGGAGGAAAAAAAAGGAAAACAAAAAACACAUUUUCACCUGAUUUCACUCAGGCUUAUGAUUUAAAAUGUUUGUGUCAGAAUUUGUGUGCGAUUGUGGAAUUUAUUAAAUGUGGUUCAUGAACCAUGUGGCUUGUAAACGACACAACUAAAUAAGCGCAUUUUACCAUCAGCUGAUUUGUUCCGUUUGCCUAUCAAAUGUGGUAAUAAAGCAUCUUUAUACUCAAGGUUUUGUAAAAUUGGUGUUAAAUGCACACAUGCAGGCGCAUGAGCUCGUAACACAUAACUUACAUUUUCGCGACAUUUAAGGAUUUUAUUGUUACCAGAAGCUGAGAAAAUAAAGAAACAGAUGUUUUUGAUGAUCAGCAGACCCACCUGGGUUGCUUUAUUAUUAUUAUUAUUAUUUUCCCCCUUUUACAUCAUUUUCAUCAUAAUCAUCAUCAUAGUUUGUUUAUUUUCCAGAUGAUAUUUUUUCAUUUGUAUGACUAUCAUUUUUGUCAUGGAAAUCUGUUAAAUCAUUGCACAAUUUGUUCUCAAAAUGUACACAUACAGUAGCAUAAUUGAAUGACCAUUCUCAAGGUUUCAUAUUUACUUUUAAAACUAGUUAAAAAUGAAAAUGAAGGAACAGAACAUGUACAUACAUUUAUCCAAUACAUACCUAAAGAAAAAUAGUUGUCGUAAAAAAUAAAAAAUAAAACUGAAAAAAAAUACACACAUUUUACAAAUUGAUCCCCCCCCACCAUAGGUUUUAUCAUACAGAUAUAUAUAUUUUUAAAACGACACCUCAUAGCUUCACCAAAAAAUUUAAAAAAUGAUUAAAAAAAAAAAAGUUUCAGGUCACUGGCGUUUGUUUGACAUGCAUCGUAAACACAGAGGCUAAAGGUUUUGUUUCCUGGGCUUCCUCGGGCUCGCCCGCUUGUCCUGCCGCGCUCAGCUCGUGGUUCCCGUUAUGGCUUGUGUUUGCGGUAAAAUGACGGGGUCCUGUCCGCGUGUUACGUCUUUCCUUGGUUUGAGUUGCUGUUUUAUCUUUCUGUCACAUCUUGUGAUUACUCAACACCCUGAGCUCAUAAACCUCAUAAUGUCAUCGGGAGAACUAGUCAGAAAAUUUGAUUUUGAGCCUGAUUUGAACAUGUUUAGAAGUCAUUUCUUAGCGUUAUAGGUCAGUAAUAAGCUAUUAUGCUGACUAGCUUGGUUGCAACAAACCCCAUUUGACUUGGGGCACACUAUUUUUCUUAAGUAUCUGAAUCAAAUCCUGUUGGUUAAAAAAUUAAAUCCAUAAUCGACGGAUAACUGGAGUGGACAAAUCCUUGAGUAAUGAUUUACUAAUUGUGACAAGAGCAAAGUUAACAGCUGAUGAUAAAGUGAGAAACCCUGAGAGAACAUCACCCUUUAAACUGUGCAGAACAUUCUCACAAAUGCUUUCAUUUGGUGGAAAAUGCAGAAAUAUUUAACAAAGGAAAAUAUAUUCUUUGGGGGUAAA